CCAGGAGUUGACGUAGCGUCGUCACGUGACCGACAGCGACGGGUUCCCCUUUUCAAAAUGGCGGACAAUCUCCCUUCGGAGUUUGAUGUGGUGGUCAUAGGAACGGGCUUGCCUGAAUCUAUCAUUGCGGCAGCAUGCUCAAGAAGUGGCCAGAGAGUUCUCCAUGUGGAUUCGAGGAAUUACUAUGGAGGAAACUGGGCAAGUUUUAGUUUCUCUGGAUUAUUGUCCUGGAUAAAAGAGAACAAAGAAAGAGCUGAACCAUGUGGGGAAAACACUGCCUGGAAAGAGCUGAUCCUUGAAAAUGAAGAAGGCAUUCCUCUUAACAAAGUAGACCAAACUAUUCGAAAUGUUGAAGACUUCUGCUAUGCCAGUCAGGAUUCAUCUGAAGAUGUGGAAGAAGCUGGUGCAUUGCCAAAAAUGUCUGCCUUGGUUAUUUCUGCUUCUAGUGAGGUUGUGGAGGAAGUCUUUGCUACAUUGGAUGAUGACAAGGAGACUCUUCCUUCUGAGGAUCAUUCAUUGGAGGCUAAAGGUGAAGAAACAUGCUCCAAAAGUGUUGCACAGUAUGAUCCACACUGUACAGCUGACAAAGAUAGUGUAGAAGAAACCUCACCAAGAGAGAAAUGCUGUGACAGUGCAACACCUGAUCAGUUGGUGUCGGAAACAGAAAACAGUGAAUCUGCAUCUAUGACUGAAACAUCAGUUGAACCAUGGAAAAUUACUUAUUCCCAAAUUGUUAAAGAAGGGAGACGAUUUAAUAUUGAUUUAAUUUCCAAGUUACUGUAUUCUCGAGGAUUGUUGAUCGACCUCCUGAUUAAGUCAAAUGUUAGUCGAUAUGCUGAGUUCAAAAAUGUCACCCGGAUACUUGCAUUUCGAGAAGGGAGAGUGGAACAGGUGCCAUGUUCCAGAGCUGAUGUCUUCAAUAGCAAACAAUUGACAAUGGUGGAAAAGAGAAUGCUGAUGAGAUUUCUGACAUUUUGCCUAGAUUUUGAACAGCAUCCUGAUGAAUAUCAAGCUCAGAAGGAGUGUAAAUUUUCAGACUAUUUAAAAACCCAGAAACUGACUCCCAACUUGCAACACUUCAUCUUGCAUUCCAUCGCAAUGGUCCCAGAGGACACUUGCUACACCAUAGAUGGGCUGAAGGCAACCCAGAAGUUCCUGCAGUGCCUUGGCCGUUAUGGCAAUACACCCUUCUUAUUUCCUUUGUAUGGCCAAGGGGAGAUUCCACAGUGCUUUUGCCGGAUGUGUGCUGUAUUUGGUGGUAUCUAUUGCCUCCGCCACUCUGUCCAGUGCCUUGUUGUGGACAAAGAAACGAGAAGGUGUAAAGCUGUUAUAGAUCAUUUUGGUCAGAGAAUAAGUGCCAACUACUUUGUUGUGGAAGACAGUUACCUUUCAGAGGAAAUAUGUGCACAUGUGUCUUACAGGCAAAUCUCCCGAGCAAUUCUCAUUACUGAUGGAUCAAUACUGAAAUCAGGCUCAGAUCAACAGAUUUCCAUUUUGACCAUCCCACCUAUAAAAUUAGGUCAGCCACCCAUUUGCCUCAUAGAACUCUGUUCUUCAGCCAUGACAUGCAUGAAAAACACAUAUUUAGUUCAUUUAACUUGUUCUUCUGUUAAAACUGCUAAAGAAGACUUAGAGCCUGCUGUGGAGCAGUUAUUCAGUGAAGCCACAGAAACAGGAGAUAAAGGAGCAGGAGAAGGACAAAAGCCUCAGAUUCUCUGGUCAGUCUAUUUCAACAUGAAAGACUCAUCUGAUAUAAACAGGGCUUCAUAUGACAACUUACCCUCCAAUAUCUAUGUUUGUUCUGGGCCAGAUAGUGCUUUGGGGAAUGACUGUGCAGUCAAACAGGCUGAAGCUAUUUUUCAAGAGAUGUUCCCCAAGGAAGAAUUCUGCCCACCACCUCCAAAUCCAGAAGAUAUAAUCUAUGAUGGAGAUGGUUCUCAACCAGAGGAUCCUGGAUUUGGUAAUCCACCAGAAGACAAGCCAGAGAAUAUACCUGAGAAGAACAUCGAAGAGAAGGAAGGGCCCCCUGAGGAAUGAAUUGAUGAUAAGGCCAUAACUAUAUCCAAGUCAUGAUAGACUCUGACUAAGGUUCAGUCAUUUCAGAAGAAUAACCAACAGUUUGUCAUAUGGUUCCAUUGGAACAUUACAAAGAUGAGUUGAAAUGGGACAGGAUUUUGUCUACCAUCACAUGCUGAGAUGUAAUACAUGCUUGGUUUAUUUCUCAUGGAAAUAUAUGUUACUGUUUUGUAAAUAGGUUCCCCCAUUCCAUGCGGUUUACUGAAUUCAACAGCAGCACAAUGGUUUGUUUGGUUUGUUUGGAUUGAUUUUCUUUUAAAAGUGAUAUUAAACCCCCAAUUGCAUUCUCAGAAAACAACUUGGGUGGAUUAGAGGGCAGGCAGUGGCCAACAGCAUUCUGGUUUUAGUUGAUCUCACAGAAGAUCUUCAUCAGAAGGAAAGAAUUCAGGUACUAUUCCAUUUUCUUUGGCUUGCUGUGCAGAAUGUCACAGAAGUGGCUUUGAAGCUCCGCUGUCAUAUGCUUGCUAGAAAUAUACAAUAAAAUAGAUAUUCUUGCCUUCUUGGAAA